GAUCGGAACGCGAGAAAGUUCGCGCUGCGAGAGGAGCGUUUGAUGCAUCGGCCCUACCUGCACGCUCUUCAACCUUGCCCUUUCGCUCGCAUCCGCGCGCAAACAGCUCAUUUGCGAGCGCCGCAGUCAGCGUCAUGGGUGCUGCUGCUGAAGCUGACACUGCGGAACUAUGCCCGGGGCCCCAGCGGCCCCGCCGCUUCGUCGCCAAGUACGUUUGCAUAGCCGGGUUUCUGAUAGCGCUCGUGGUGCUCGCGUUAGCCCUGUCUUAUCCGAUCAGCAACCUGUUAGGCGGAAAGCGACUGGACGAUGCUUACAAGAACGCGAACGUCGGUGAGAAUGAGAUCGACGACACUGCUCCCGAUGGCUACCGACCCACGCGAGACGGAUACAAGCAGGACGUCUCGAAAACCGAAAAACAGCCGCCGCAUUCUUCAACGCCUGCGCCGACUACGGAGUCAACAAGUACCACCACCACCACCACGACUACGCCGUCAACGACAACCACAACGCAGUCUACGACGACCAGCACGACUACGAUGACCCCGGAGACCACAUCGGAACAGCCCUCGACGGAGGGGGCUACCAGGAGGCGGAGAAGGUCUCACCGUGACGUGCCUGAGACUACGACCGUGGUGUCGCCGACGAAUGGAACGUCGAGGUACCGGCCGUGGCUCAACCGGACCAGAGGACCCGCCGUACCCGGCUACGUUUCGUACGAGGUCGCCAUGAAGAAGGUCAGCAUCCAGGUGGUCUACGAGUGCCACUGCCCGCGCAGCCGCCGCUUCAUCGUCUCCCAGCUGCUGCCCGUGUACGAAUUGCUGCGUGAGUACAUGCACCUCACGCUUUUGCCCUUCGGCCGAGCCCGUGUCGAGAACGGUAGCGGAAGCAGCGGUGGCAACGAUACCGGUAGCAACAACACCGCCACCAACAGCGGCAACAGCACCGAUGGUUCUGUGGGUGCGGAGGCCACGGAGCUCAGCAGCUCUACCGAGAGCCCCGACACCAGCACGGACAGUAGCAGCAGAAUCACCACCACCGACGCCCACAGGGACGACAGGGGCGGCAACAGCAGCGAGCACAACUCGACGUCCAGUCCCACCAUCAGGUGCACCCGCGGCAGCAAGGAGUGUCACAGCAACAUGGUUCAGACGUGCGUCAUGAGGCACGUCCAAGAGACGCUCACAGCGGUGAGGAUCAUCGCCUGCAUGUCUCGGCAUCCCGACCCGCACCGCGUCGGCCGGCGCUGCGUCGAACAGCACGGGCUGGAGUGGCACCUGGUGGACCAAUGCGUCACCCAGGAAGGCAAGUUGCUCAUGCUGGACAUGGGCAAGAAGACGUGGCUCAUCACGGCCAGCGUGAACAGCACGCCGCUGGUGCGGAUCCAGGGCGAGAUGAGCUACGCCAUCCAGGUCCAGGCGCAGACCAACCUGCUGGGACUGAUGUGCGACCGCCUGCACAACCGGCACAAGGCGUGUCGAGGCCGUUCGAACGCGACGACGGCCACGCCAGAGGGGCUGCCCGGGAACGACAUCUCGACCACUGCCACUCCGCCGCGCGCCACCUCUCUGACUCCGUCGACGGGCUGCUGAAUUGGACGCUGCCGUCGUCGGGACAGGCUUUAGUACCGUUACCUUGUUUAUCUUUUAGCUUUAAACAGGCUUUCUGCGCCGUUUCAGCCAUCAUGCUUAUUGUGUCGUUAGGUCAGCUUAUUUCGAUCUGUUUCUCUAAUAUUUAGUUUUCUCUUGCGUAAUUUUUUUUGAGCGUUAUGGCCUUUUCGGCAGUUGCCCUGCCUUUUCCCUACUUUCUCGCUUUCCCAAAUAGUUUGCGCUUUGUUUAAUGUUGUUAAUAUUGUUACAUAUAUUUAUCGUUUUAAUGGAAGCUGAUAGUGGCUAUAAGGUUAUUUUUGAUCAUGUAGCGCUGUUUCUCCUCAUCGGAAAGUACAGGCGGCAUCACUUGUUGAGCAGUAUUGUACUGGUCGCUCAUAAAAUGCACUGUCAUUCCGUAAUGUAUACAGCCCGCCUAGCAGAAAAUAGCAACAGUAGCCGAGGUCGAGCGGCCGUGCAACGUAACACUUCUUCAGUCAUGCCAUUUGCGAAGAUCCGUAAUGAAACGUAGCCAUCUUCCGAGAUCAUUUCCGGAGGCUAGCAUACUGACGCGCCAUCCAUAACCUACAAAACAAAACUUUGCUCCGGUUUUUAGUCCUUGUUAAAGCAUGCGCGAAAUGUCAACACCGGCUGAGUCAUGUAAUUAUAAUUGCAAUGACUUGUUGCACAUAAAUACAAUUGCAACGACUACCUUCUGUACUUUAUCUACUUGUGCAAAGGAGUCAGCAGUAACAAUCGUUAGCGUAUAACUGAUUUAUUCCCAUUAUUUAUUUCCAGUUUGCGAGAACAGGGACGUAACUCAACAAAACAUUUAAGGCAUUGCAAUAGGUAAUAGCUGUAAUAGAAUGUAAAAUAGGUGGAGCGCGAAAACAUGGCUGCCGUGACGUGUUUCUAGCUCCUGCAAUCGCUUCCGGCGCCUACAGUGCAUAAAAGCGUGUCCUCCGAGACUGUCUUACGUUACUCUGAGGGAGCUGUCGCUGGGAGUGCGAUUUGGACACCACAAGCUAAACGUCUUACAGAUUCCGUAAGCCUGUCCGUUAACCUGUUCGUAUGGUGUAUUGCGGUAUACGGAAAGUUCUAGCUGGCGCUCUCAUUUAUUUUAUAUUUUUUCUCUCUCUCUGCACACGUAGCGCUACGAUCGACACACCUCCCUGCUUGACAUUGUAAUCGUGCCAUAUUUUUAUGUACGGGAAUCGGAGCUUGCAAAUGAUAUAAUUUAGGAACUCUUGCGCCAUACUGAAUAGAAUAUACAUCGGUAUUUCCUUACCUUCUAUAUAAAAAGGAUAUAUGUUAGAGACAUUGCUUAUAACCAUGGCAGCGCGUGCAGCUUCGUAAUGGUAAACCUCACAACUUGUGAAAAAGUAUUUGGUGUGAGUUAAGUAUACUUUUCUAUUCAUGCUAUAAUAACCAGUCACAGUUGACUUUGGAUGUAUCUACACUGUGAAAUUAAAGGGUGCAUGUUGUCGUUCUGCGCAAGGGGGAGGGGGAACGACUUCUAGUCAAGCAGCUGGCCAGAGUGCACAUUUGUACAAAUGAAACCGUUUUUGUGAUAAAGAAAAAUAAAUUUGGUUUGGAAUUGGC